CCCUCUCUCUCCGUGUGCUAUAUCCCAGCUCAGGACUUCCCAGUGACUUUGCAUUUAGCCCCACUACUAGUCCUAAGUUUCGGAGUGCACAGGAGCAAGUUUGGAGCCUCUCCGACUCGAUAUUUCACUCCUGCAGAAAAAACAAGGAGCGCGUAAAAGGAUCGGUUUUACCUGUUGAUGAGGUCCCACCGGGUGUGGGACGCAGAGGAGCAGUCGGGUUUGUGCACACUGAAGAAAAGUGUGAAAAAGGAGCAGGCGACACACCGCUGCAGCGGCCAGGAGGAGUGAAGUGAGGGACCUCGGUUUUUCCUUUCCCCCAGCAGUUGCAGCCUGUGCUGGGUUGGUGGAAAAUGGGCACUCCGACCACUUCGAUCUGUGGACUUAUUCUCUCUUUGAUACUCACAUGCCAGCUGCUGGUUCCUGUGACUCAGGCCUCCAAGGUGUGGGGAGAGGUCCCGCUGCCAGAGGACUUGGAGGGCGAGAAAGACGUCCAGGCGUCUCAGAGCUUGCUGGACGAUGACGAGGACUUCGCUGCUGAUGAAGCUUCAGGAGAUCUGCCCAGUGGAGAGGAUGAUGGAAGCACACCGUGGCCUCCAGUCUCCGAGAGCACAAUUUAUUACAGAGCUCUCGUCAACUUCACCAACUCCCUCGUCUACGGCCCCGAGCUCGAGGACAUCUUCUCUCCAGCCUUUAAUGAGAUCUCUGAAGCAGUGGUGGACACGCUGGAGUCGGAGUACAACAGGAUUCCAGGUGUCCAGACAGUCAGCGUGGUCCUCAUUAAGAAGAUUAUAAGAGAGGAUGGCGUGGAUGUAUUUGUGGAGUUGGACGUGGGUUCUGACUACAACAGCAACGAUGAACAGAUCCGCAGCGUGCUGUACAACGUGGUGAAGGAGGGAGCCAUCGCUUCCUACGUCACAUCAGUCGAGGGCUUUCAGUUCAGAGAGCUCGGGGAAGUUCAACCUCUGCCUCCAGUGGAGCCUAUAGCCGUGCCAGUAACCCCGGGCAUCAGACCCUGCAUGCCAGAUGAGCACAGGUGUGGUGAUGGGACAUGUAUCCUGAUGGAAUACCUGUGUGACAACAGACCAGACUGCAGAGACAUGAGUGAUGAGACCAAUUGUGAAACAAGACGGCCGGCCCCUCCGGUUACCACUCCUCCUACCACCACCACCACCACCACCACUGCCAGGAAGCCCCCGCGGCCCCCCAGCCCGCCUGGACCCUGCAGAGCAGAUCAAGCCACGUGUCAGAGUGGAGAGUGUAUCCCUCGAGACUACAUCUGUGACGGAGAGAGGGACUGCGCGGACGGAAGUGAUGAGUUCAGAUGUGGUACUCCGUCUCCCUGUGAGCCCAAUGAGUUCAAGUGUAAAAAUGGCCGCUGUGCCCUCAAGCUUUGGCGCUGUGACGGAGACAACGACUGUGAGGAUAACUCAGAUGAAACAGACUGUCCCACCAAGGGUCCUGGCGACAGGUGUGCUCCUGAGCAGUUUGAGUGCCUGAGCGAUCGCACCUGCAUCCCAGCUAGUUACCAGUGUGAUGACGAGCCGGACUGCCCUGAUCGCUCUGAUGAGUACGGCUGCACCCCUCCCUCUGUGACAAGCCCGCCGGAGGAGUCCAUUCAGGCAGCACGGGGGGCAACGGUGACGUUCACCUGUCAGGCCGUUGGAGUGCCGAUGCCCAUCAUCACCUGGAGACUCAACUGGGGACACAUUCCUCUCAGCGGCAGGAUCUCCAUGACCAGCGAGAAUGGCCGCGGCACUCUGACUAUUCGUGAUGUGAAGGAGGCGGAUCAGGGAGCGUACACCUGUGAGGCCAUCAAUGCCAAAGGCCUGGUGUUUGGUAUCCCUGAUGGAGUGCUGACUCUCAUAUCAAAUCCAAAUCCAGGAAACUGUCCUGAUGGUCACUUCAGUGUGGAAGGACGCUGUGUGCCCUGCUUCUGUGCUGGCAUCUCCAAAAUCUGCAAGAACACUGGUCGCUACCGAAACCAGAUCAGCCUGCGUUUCACAGAGGAGGAAGACUUUAAAGGAGUGAAUGUCACCUACCCAUCCAGGCCAGGCACUCCUCCUCUCUCCUCCACUCAGCUCCUUGUUAACCUAGAGAUGGAGGAGUUCCAGCUCGUUGACCUAUCACGCCGUUUCCUCAACCUUGACUCCUUCUGGACCCUGCCUCGCCAGUUCCUGGGCAACAAGAUUGACUCCUAUGGAGGAUCCCUGAAGUUCAAGGUGCGGUACACGUUGGCCCGUGGUCAGUCUGAGCCUGUGGAGAAGCCAGAUGUGAUGCUGGUUGGAAAUGGACGCAGACUUGUCUACCGCAGAGGCAACCCCACCCCUGCCCGAGUGGUCAACCAGAAGGAGAUCAAAUUCACUGAAGAAAACUGGCAGCACUCUAAUGGCCGCCCUGUGACCAGGGAGGACCUGAUGAUGACACUGGCCAACCUGGACAGCAUCAACAUCCGCACCAUCUACGACAACCACAUGGUCAGCGUGGGACUCGGUGACAUCGUCAUGGAUACCACCACUGUGGAGUUCAGCACUCGGGGUCAUGCUAAGGAAGUUGAAGAGUGCAGAUGUCCUCCUGGAUACUCAGGCCUCUCCUGUGAGAUGUGUUCCCCUGGUUUCGAGCGCGUCCCUGGUGGCUCCUAUCUUGGCACGUGUGCUGGUUGUAACUGUAAUGGACACGCCAGUGCCUGUGAUCCAAUCAGCGGACACUGUCUGAGCUGCCAGCACAACACAGAGGGCCCUCAGUGUGACAAGUGUCGCCCAGGCUACUUUGGUGACCCGAGCAGAGGUCGCCCAGAUGACUGCAAGCCCUGCCCCUGCCCAUACUAUGAGACCUCAAGGCGGUUUUCUGACACCUGCUUCCUGGAUGUUGACCAGCAGCCAACAUGUGACGCCUGCAGGCCCGGCUACACAGGAAGACGCUGUGAAAAGUGUGCUCCUGGUUACCAGGGUAACCCUCUCCUGCCUAAUGGAAAAUGUGUCCUUAACCAAAGCCCGGGCAAGUGUGAUAACAGAGGAACUCUGAGCUCCAGCAGCAGGCCGUGCAGCUGCAAGAACAACGUGGCAGGCGCUCUGUGUGACGAGUGUAAGCCUGGAUUCUUCCACCUAUCAGAGACCAACCCUGAGGGCUGUCUACGUUGUUUCUGUAUGGGCGUGUCCAAACAGUGUGCCAGCUCCACUUGGAAUAGAGAUCAGGUGCGAGGAGGGGUGAACGGGCAGCUCUUCUCCCUCGCCAACAGUGCCAACACUAAAACUAUCUCUGAAGGCAUCUCCCAGAGGGGCUCCUCUGAAGUCGUCUACCGCUCAUUCUCCAGCGUCCCCAACGACAUCUACUACUGGGUCCUGCCUGAGAGCUUCAGAGGAGAUAAGGUGACGGCCUAUGGCGGGGAGCUUCGCUACACAGUGCGCUUUGAACCGUCCCAGCGCUCACUGGUGAUUGACGGUCAGCCAGAUGUGGUUCUCCAGGGAAACGGCAUCUUCCUGGAGCACUACUCUCAGACUAAGGCUCUCCCACGUGUCCCACAAACUGUCACCGUGACCUUCAGAGAGUCUGCAUGGCGUCGCGCUGAUGGGCAGCCGUGUACUCGUGAGCACCUGCUGAUGGCCCUGGCGGAUGUGACUGUCUUCAUGGUCAGGGCCACCUAUGUAGACAACAUGGCUGAGAGCAGUAUCUCCGACAUCAAGAUGGACGUCGCUGUUCCUCACUCCACUGGUAAUGAACGUGCUGUGGAGGUGGAGGAGUGCGCCUGUCCACAGGGAUACAGAGGACCUUCUUGCCAGGAGUGUGAUGAAGGUUACACUCGGACCAGCUCUGGCCUUUACCUCGGCACUUGCGAGAGGUGCGACUGCAACGGUCACGCCAGCAGCUGUGACUCAGAGACCGGCAGGUGUCUGCAAUGUCUCCACAACACCGCCGGGCCAAGGUGUGAGCGCUGUCAGCCUGGUUUUUAUGGAAACCCGGUAACAGGCGGUGCUCAGGCCUGCCAGCCCUGCCCCUGUCCUGGAACCUCUUCCAGCAACCAAUUCUCCCCAACCUGCUAUCUGGAGUCUGACGGUCAGCCGACAUGUGAUAAUUGUCCCCCUGGAUAUACUGGCAGGCGCUGUGAAAGAUGUGCCCCAGGAUACACUGGCAACCCACAGCUUGGACAAAGAUGUACUGUUGGCAACAAUAACAACGAACUCAAUGGUAACUGCUAUAACUGUGACCAGAGAGGAAGUGAAGGCUGCAGUGGUGGUGUGUGCCGCUGCAAGAUGAACGUUGAAGGCCCGUCUUGCUCCAGCUGCAAGGCUGGAACCUUCCAUCUCAGCCCGCAGAACAAAGAUGGCUGCCUGUCCUGUUUCUGUAUGGGUGUCACUCAGCAGUGCUCCAGCUCUACCUACUACAGAGACCUGGUGUCCUCAGUCUUCUCUCCGGGGAACUUCCAGGGAUUCGCUCUGGUGAACCGUCAACGUACCAACCGCAUCGCCACUGGUUUCACCGUGGAGGUUUCCACUGAAGGCACUCAGCUGUCCUACACCAACUUCGACUACCUGGGACAGGAGCCUCAUUACUGGCAGCUUCCAGGGGUUUACCAGGGAGACAAGAAAGAUUCUUUCUUUGCUCGCACGAAACGAGCGGAGCAGAGUGCCCCGUACUCGCCAGAGGAGCAGCAAAGGAAGGAUGCUUCCAUUUGGAACCUAAUGGCCUCUGAACGUAGAGACAACCACAGAUCCAAAAGAGCUAGACAGGCAGAUGUCAGAGUGCUGGAUGACGAGGUCUGGGCACUCAUCUCUAACUUCUCCAAUGGACGAGCUGGUUCCCCUCCAUUCUUUCCUUCCUCCUCUAAAUCCACCUCCUCCUUCUCUUCCUCUUCUUCUUCUUCUCAUUCCUCUCGAAUCCCAACUUCCUCUUCCUCUCGAUAUACUUUGCGUAACCUGAGCCCUCCUUCCCCUCCAUCUGGUAUCUCCUCUUCAGUUAGGCCAACCAGACCCCAAGCCUACUCCCCAGGCUACUCUCCCCAUCUGCAGAGCAAGAACACACUGAGCAAGACUUCUGCUCGUUCUUCUGGGGACGGCAGCAAGUACGCUCUGGUCUACAAAGGUUUCAGCUUGCACCAGGAUGAUCUGCUCUACUGGCAGCUCCCAGCGCAGUUCACAGGGGAUAAGGUGGGCUCUUACGGCGGCAAGAUUAAAUACAGCAUCUCCUAUGUGGCCGGUCCAAGAGGAACACUGCUCGAUGAUGGCGACGUCCAGAUUAUUGGGAAUGACAUCACUCUGGUAGCCCGUCAGCCGUGGAAGAGGAGGCAGCAGGGCAGCAGGGAGACUAACCAGUUUGAGAUUGUCUUCAAAGAGGAACACUGGCGCCGUCCUGAUGGCAUGCCCGCCACCCGAGAGCACUUGAUGAUGGUCCUGGCUGACCUUGACGACAUCCUGAUUCGAGCAUCCUACUCCACUGAGAUGCGGUCCUCCAGUAUCUUUGACAUCAGCAUGGAAGUCUCAGUGCCUAACUACAGCGGCUUGGCUCAGGCGCUCGAGGUGGAGCAGUGUCGCUGCCCACCUGGAUACCAGGGACUCUCCUGCCAGGACUGUGCUCCUGGAUACACUCGCACUGGAGGAGGUUUGUACCUGGGCCACUGUGAGCUCUGUGAAUGCAACGGCCACUCUGACUCCUGCCACCCUGAGACUGGCAUCUGCACGAGCUGCUUGCACAACACUCAGGGCGAGCUCUGUGAGCAGUGCGCUCCUGGUUUCUUCGGUGACCCCACUGUUGGCACUCCAGAGGACUGCCAGCCCUGCGCCUGCCCCCACACUGACCCAGACAACCAGUUCUCCCCCACCUGUGAGAGCCUUGGCAAUGGAGGUUACCAGUGCACUGCAUGUCAGCCUGGGUACACUGGCCAGUACUGUGAACGUUGUGCUCCUGGAUAUGUGGGCAACCCACAGGAGAGAGAGAAGUGUCGCCCAUACGAUGCUGCAGCCUCGCUGGUGGUGAAGGUUUAUCCAGAGAAGGUCCUGUCAUCCCAGGGCGGCCCUGUCACCCUGCGGUGUCAGGUGUCCGGCUCUCCUCCACACUAUUUCUACUGGUCCAGAGAGGAUGGACGACCCAUCUCCAGCAGUGCCGACAGACGCAGACAAGGAGCAGAGCUGUACUUCCCCAGCGUGCAGCCAAGUGAUGCCGGCGUCUACAUCUGUACCUGCAGAGACCAGCGCAGCACCAACAGGAGCAGAGCUGAAAUUGUUGUCACAAGUGUUCCAUCCAAAGCCAUUGAGGUGACAGUUGAGGAGCCCAAAGCUCAGACUGUCAGGGUGGGGUCGACUGUCAGCUUCAUCUGCACUGCAAAGAGCAAGUCCCCAGCCUACACGCUGGUCUGGACACGGAUGGGUAACGGGAAGCUGCCCAACCGGGCCAUGGACUUCAACGGCAUCCUGACAAUUCAGAACGUCCAGCCCGAGGAUGCAGGCGUCUACGUUUGCACGGGCUCCAACAUGUUUGCCAUGGAUGAGGGCAACGCCAUCCUCUACGUGCCAGAGGCCUCACAGACUCAGAUGUUUUACACAGCCUAUGAAAUGUUUGAAGGACACGGAAAGCCUGCAGAGGGGGCCCAGCCUGUGGCCACCGUCACUCCCUCAGUGCUGAAUGUCCAGCAGGGCCAACGGGCAGAGUUUCGUUGCACGGUGACCGGGAACCCAACCCCUGCCAUUGAAUGGAUCGGAGGUCCAGGGAACAGGAUGAGUCCCAGAGCUGUGAUCCGAGGUGGCGUACUGACCUUCACAUCAGUGGACCCAGCUGAUGAGGGAGACUACACCUGCAAGGCCCUGAACACUCAUGGGGAGCACAUAGCCCGGGUUUCCCUCUUUGUCCAAAAGUCUAACCCGAGUGGCCUCGGCACCCAGCCCCAAGUCCAAGUAAGUCCCCAAAAUAUUGAAGCCCACGAAGGUGACAACUUGAGGCUGUACUGCAGAGCAACAGGAGUACCCACCCCGAAGCUCACCUGGCUGAAGAACGGAGGACAGAUCCCUCCACAGGCCAUUCCCUCUCAUGGUUUCCAUCAGUUUAAAAGCAACAGUCUCGAUGUGUUACAGAGACGUAUUGAGGAGCUGCAGGCUCGCAUGGACCGCACAGACAUUGGCACUCUGCUCAUCCCCAACAUCCAGAUGUCCGACGCUGGCACUUACAUGUGUGUUGGUAGCAACAGCAUUGGCUCAAACAGCGCUCCCAUUAAAGUGUCUGUGCUCAAAGCCGACCACAUCACCUCAGUGGUCACCAUCCAGCCAUCUAUAGCUGACGUCCAGGAGGGUCAGAGUCUGGAACUCAACUGCUUCGCUCCUGGAAAUCCUCCUCCUCAAGUCACCUGGACGAAAGCCAGUGGACGCCUCUCCUCUAACCACCAGGUUCUGGGCAGUCAGCUGCGUAUCCUGUCAGCCACUCCAGAGGACUCAGGGGAGUACAUCUGUCGGGUUCAGGGCAACUCCGGAAACCCAGGAUCAAACAUCCACCAGGCCUCUGUGUCUGUGUCCGUCACCUCAUCUUCUUCACGUCUGCAGAGUCCAAUCAUCGCCAUCGAGCCCCACAGCGCUGCGGUGCGUGUGGGGGAGUCGGCCAGCUUCAGGUGCAGGGUGUACAGCGGAGCCCAGCCUGUCAGACUGGAGUGGAAACUGGCCAACAACCAGCCGCUGCCAGGUAACGUUGAAGUUGGCUCUGAUGGUUCUGUUCUCACCAUCACCAACGCCCGCUCCAUGAACCACGGUGCCUAUCGCUGUGUGGCGAGCAACCCGUUCGGCAUCACCCACACCAUCGUGUCUUUGAUUGUCAAAGAGUCUCCCGUGGCCACCGUCACCCCUGUUGGACCUGUGCGUGUCAGGGUGGGUGAACCCAUUAACCUGGAAUGCCAGGCGUCAGGAGAGCCCCGCCCCUCAGUCUCAUGGCACAGGCUGGACAGCAACCGCAAGACCAUGCUGAGCAGCCCGGUGCCCAUGGAGUCUAAUGCAGUCAUGCAGAUUCUAGUGGCUCGUCCAGAAGACAGUGGCACGUAUGUAUGCACAGCACGCAACAACGAGGGCACCACUGAGACCAAGGUGGAGGUCCAUGUUGAGGGAGGCUCUCAAGUGCCCGCACCGCCCAGGGCCUCUGUUCCUGAGCCGCUGAUGGUGGUGGUGGAGGGACAGACUGCGACGCUGCGCUGUGAGGCACACGGUUUCCCGUCCCCGAAGAUCACCUGGUCCAAGCUGCGCUCUCCUCUGCCCUGGAGACACAAGGUGAUGAACAACAGCCUGGUGCUGCCCACUGUGGGCCGCCAGGACUCAGGAGAAUACAUCUGCACUGCCACCAACACCAUGGGCACCACUGAGGUCACCAUCAUGCUCGAUGUGGAGACUCCUCCUUAUGCCACCUCUGUGCCUGACGAUGUGGCUGUGCGUGUCGGGGAGGUGAUCAGGUUGCAGUGCCUGGCCCACGGCACUCCUCCCCUCACCUAUACUUGGACCAAGGUGGAUGGAAACCUUCCCCCGAGGGCCCAGGUUAACGGAGGGGACCUUCAGAUCAACCUGGCCACAGCCGAGGAUGCUGGGAGCUACAAGUGCGUGGCCAGGAACAAAGUGGCCACCAGCGAAGUGAUCGCUAAAGUCACAGUCAGAUCUCCCCUGGCAGUGCGUGUGUCACCGCAGGUUGAAGUGAAGGCUCAGGGCAGUGCUGUGGAGUUCACCUGUUCAGCAGCAGGUGGUGUGGAAACCAAAAUUGAGUGGCUGAAGGAAGGAGGAGCCCUGCCGCCAAACCACCACAUCAAGGAUGGAGUGCUCAGGAUUGAGAACCUUGAGCAGAGCAAUGAAGGCGUUUACAUCUGCAGAGCCAGCAGUGUGUACGGUCAGGCCCAGGACACCGCCAGGUUGACCAUCCAAGCUCUGCCAAAGGUGAUGAUCAAUGUGCGCACCUCAGUGCAGACUGUGAUGAUAGGCAACUCUGUGGAGUUUGAGUGCCAGGCCGUUGGCGACCCAGAGCCCACGGUGAAGUGGAGUAAAGUGGGCGGGUCUCUGCCGUCUCACAUCAUGGUGAAGGGCGGCAUGCUGAGGAUCGAUCAGGUGACAGAGGCCGAUGCCGGGCAGUAUCGCUGUACGGCCACCAACGAUGUAGGCUCAGUGCAGUCCCAGGUGGUCCUUAACGUCCAGUCUCUCCCUCAAAUCGCUGCACUGCCUGAAACCAAGGAGGUGACAGUCGGCUCUGACGCAGUCUUGCCCUGUGUGGCUUCAGGAUACCCUGUACCUGAGAUCAAAUGGUCCAAGGUGGAAGCAGAGCUUCCUCCAAAGUGUUUCCAGGAAGCCAACGUGCUGACGGUUCCUCGUGUCACCCACGAUGAUUCUGGAACCUACGUCUGCACCGCCUCUAACAAACAGGGCAAAGUGGAGGCCUUUACUACACUUCAAGUUCAUGAGCGAGUGAUGCCAUACUUUGCCCAGGAGCCUUUGUCCUACCUCACCCUGCCCACCAUCAAAAAUGCCUACAAGGCUUUCAGCAUCAAGAUCAACUUCAGACCUGAUAAUGUUGAUGGUCUCAUAUUGUAUGCUGGUAUGAUCCUCUACAACGGCCAGAGGAGGACCACAGGAGCGGACUUUAUCUCGCUGGGACUUGUUGGUGGACGUUUAGAGUUCAGGUUUGACGUGGGCUCCGGCAUGGCCACCAUACGCGACCCCAACCCCGUCAAACUGGGCGAGUUUCACACGGUUGAGCUGUAUCGCAACCACACACUGGGAUACAUCAUUGUAGACGGAGGGGAGCCAAUCAACGGCAGUUCACAGGGCAAGUUCCAGGGCCUGGAUCUGAACGAGGAGCUGCAUGUGGGUGGUUACCCCAACUACACCCUCCUCGCCAAAACUGCGGGCAUUAAGUCUGGUUUUGUUGGCUGUAUCCGCCAGCUGGUCAUCCAGGGUGAGGAGGUCAUCUUCAAAGACCUUGACCGCAGCUCGACUGGUGUCACAAACUGCCCCACCUGCAAGGACCACCCAUGCCAGAAUGGAGGCAGGUGUGAGGACUCAGACGCCAGCUUGUAUAAGUGCAGCUGCCCCAGAGGAUUCACCGGCAGCAACUGUCAGCACCACUCAUCCCUGCACUGUCACUCAGAGGCCUGCGGACCAGACGCCACUUGCAUCAACCGUCCAAGUGGCCUGGGUUAUGACUGCCGCUGCCAUCUGGGCAAGUUUGGAAACAAAUGCAUGGACGGUGAGCUGGUGACCACUCCACUGUUUGAUGGCGAGGAGUCAUACAUAGCCUAUCCUCCCCUGACCAACAUCCACGAUGACCUGCGUGUUGAGCUGGAGUUCAAGCCCCAGGAAAGAGACGGUCUGAUGUUCUUCUGUGGAGGAAAGAAGAUGAAGGUGGAGGACUUUGUAGCCAUCUCCAUGGUGGAGGGACACGUGGAGUUCAGAUAUGAGCUGGGCACAGGCCAGGCAAUCCUUCUCAGUCCAGAGCCUGUCUCUCUGGGCCAGUGGCACAGAGUUGUGGCUGAGCGAAACAAGCGGGCCGGCCAUCUGAAGAUCGAUCAAGGCCCAGUGGAGAGGAAGACGUCUCCAGGAAAAGCCCAAGGCCUCAAUAUCCACACCCCUAUGUACCUGGGUGGAGUCCCUAACAUGGACAUCCUGCCUAAGCCUGCCAAUGUCAGCGAACUGUUUAAGGGCUGUAUCGGAGAGGUUUCUAUCAACAACAAGAAGGUGGAUCUGUCCUACAGCUUCACAGACAGCAGGUCGAUCCGCAAGUGUGUGGACAACAGCCCCUGUGACCGCCGGCCCUGCCUGAAUGGUGGUCACUGCAUGUCCAAUGUUGAAUAUGAGUACCAGUGCCUCUGUAAGGAUGGAUUUGAAGGCGAGCGCUGUGAGGUGGUGAAAGACGUGUGCCAGAGCAACCUUCAGUGCCAGAAUGGCGGCAACUGUGUCGACGGCCAGUGUGUGUGUACACCCGGCCACACAGGCCUGAACUGUGAAGAAAGCCAGGUCUCCAGCUCCCCAGCGGCCCUGCGGAAUUUGGAAAGUAGCGAGGCAAAUGAUUCACCCUAUCAGUAUGCAGCUCAUUUCCACGAUGAUGGAUACAUUGCCCUUCCUAAAUCCAUUUUUCCAAGAAGUGCCCAUGACUCACCAGAGACCAUUGAACUGGAGAUCAACACAAGCUCCCCUGAGGGCCUGAUUUUAUGGCAGGGAGUGGAACUCGGAGAACACGGCAAAGGCAAGGACUUCAUCAGCCUCGGUCUGCAGAACGGACACCUUGUGUUCAGUUACCAGCUGGGCAGUGGAGAGGCAGAGAUCUUGUCCCGGAGGUCAAUCAAUGAUGGGAGAUGGCAUAAGGUCACAGCAGUCAGAACUGGAAAAGAUGGAUACCUCCAGAUUGAUGGAGGGGCCGCACUACAUGGACAGUCUAAAGGCAGAAGCCUCAUGGUCAACACCAAAGGCAGUAUAUACCUUGGCGGAGCCCCGAACAUGGCUGCUAUGACAGGAGGGAAGUUUUCAUCUGGAAUGACGGGCUGCGUGAGGAACCUGGCACUGAUGAACGCCCGGCCGGGACAGCAGCCAGCCCAGGCCAUCGACCUGCAAACCCACGCAGCCCACGGCAUCAACGUGCAGCCGUGCUCUUCAUAGAUCGCAGCACACACACAACAGACACAGACAUACUCAAACACACACAUACACACACACAGAGAGACUAUGGAGUGAUGUCAUACACACACACACACACACACACACACACACACACACACACAAACACAGCCGACUCACACAGAGAGACUUGGUGCUUUGCUGCUACCAAAAAAGAAAAAACCAAGAUGACACAACAGGAUAUGUUUCUCUGUGUGCAGUAAAACCAAAAAAGAGAAAAAAUGAAACAAUAUUAACAAGUCUUCUCUUCCUCAGUGUUGUAUUCUCAAUGAAGGACUAUUAACACAGGAGAACCAGUACAGUUUACAUACUUCCAGCAGUAGUUUUAGCCAUGAGAAGAGUAAAACAUAUUAGGCCUUCUACGAUGGGUCAGAUCCUAUGGAGUUGGAGAUGUUUUUACAGCACUGAAUUUUUAUUUAUAUACAUAUGAAUAUAUAUAUAUUAUAUUUGUGGGGGGAAAACAUGCAAACUAACCAUUACUGCUCUUCAACUUUCCUAGAGUUUAUUCUGGGUUCUAAUACUGUGUGUCCGGGGCUUUUUAUAGGCCUAACUGUAUUAAUACUUGAAGAUGUUUAGGCCUUCUUUCUUCACUUCUGUAGAGGAACCUUUUGUUGUGUUUGCGAGCAUGCUUACAGUCUUUGGGAGAGGAGCACACGCGGUCACGGUCACACAUGCAGCUUCAGUACACAACUCAGGUCGUCGAAUACAAAUCAAUAACUGCUAACGUUCUGCCGCUUUCACUCGGCUGAUUUUUUUUUUUUUUGUUGGUUUUCUUUGCAAGUCAUCCACAGCGCUGUUGUGUCUUCUGUGUCUGUAUUUGUUCUUUUUUAUGAAAAAGAAAGAAACCUUGGUGCUAACGUCAGACAUGAAGAUACAGCACACAGUCAUACGGUUGCCUGUUUGUCACAUGUAGAGAGGUGUCUUUUUUUAGUGAUUUGGUUACUUAGAUUAAAAACAAUGCACAACAGUUUAAACUAGUGUUGCAUUUGUUGAUAUGCAUGGCAUUUGAGGUUGAUUUUCUAAGAAUACGGCAUGAUUUCUUGCCUCCGCAGCCUUAUUUUAAUUGAGUAGAUCUCAAAAACAACAGUUUUAAAGAGCUGAGAAGGGUCAUUUUUUUAUGUGUGGUUGUUGAACAUAUUGUUUUAUGUGUAAAAAACUAUCUGCCAGACAGGUAGAUAUCUCUAGAGAAUGAUGAGUGUGUAUGCUAGUACAUGUGUUCUUUAUGUAUUUCUCAGCAGCUUCCAUUUCCAACAGGUCACCCUACAGUGCUUUAAGCCUCAGUAUGGAGUCCGCUGUAUGUGUGUGUGUGUGUGUGUGUGUGUGUGUGUGUGUGUGUGUGUGCGUGCCUGUGUCAUUAUCCAUAUCCUCAGGAGGGUCAACCCAGAACUGCCUCAAGAUGUUACUUAAUUUUCAGGUUUGGUAGCUUUAGUGACAAAUCAGUAAGCUAUAAAACUCUGAAGGCUCUGUGGUUUGCUCUGCAGAAGGAGAUUCAUCCUGCGACACAGUUGGGAUAGUGUCUGGUCGUGUGGGAAUGCAGUGGAAGCCUCCUGCAGGUGCCGUGACCAGUCGUGUUGCUCUAGUAAAGCAUGCUCGCCCACCUUUUAGUCGACCACACCACGAAAACCACGACGGCACGAUCACUUUUUGGGGGUUCACAAGCCUUUUUUUUUCUCUUUUUUUGUAAGCUUAAAAUAUUUGUAUUAAUAUCCUAAAAAUGAGCACUAUCCUUUCACUUAGAGUCGCCUCAUUUUUAUUUAUUUUAUGUUUUUUUUCUCUUUUUCUUUUGUUUCAAGGCUUCAUUCUGCUGUUUUAGAGCAAUCGCAACUUGCUUUUUUUCUUUUCUCUGGUUAUUGUGUAUUGCCUCCCACAUCCCCUUGUUUUUCCCCUCAUGUUUGAGUUUGAAUACAGCGCCCCUGCACAGGAAGUUCAUCACAAAUCCCCCAAUGAUGUUCCAUGAUUUGUAAAACCUGGAACUGCCUGGUCAAACGGUUGGAAACUGGUUUUAUUAUUCACUCAAUGAAAAAAAAGUCUUAGGCUACAAAUACAAUGAAUUAUUUGUCAUAAUGUUUGUUCGCAUAUGAACAUGUGGGUCGAGAAGAGCCACUGCUGUGGUCCAGGUUUAGGACACUGAAGCAGAGAACGAUGGUGUGUGCCCCUUGUUGGGUGCCUUUUGUGUAUCUGCUCUUAAACUGGAUUUUCAUAUAGAUAUAUAUAUAUAUAUAUAUAUAUAUAUAUAUAUAUACACUGUACACUGUUGCCCAAUGCAGAGUUGUCAAGAAACUGCAACUGCUUUUUGAUGUUUUUAGGCCAUUGCAAAAUAUGAAAGGUGCACUUUUAGUAAUGAUGGAAGUUUUUAUUUUAAAAUUUGUUUCACUUCUGAAUGGCAGAAAAAGCGGAUGACUCGCUCAAGUGAAUGAAAGUGUACCAGAUGAAAUAUUGUCCACGUCAGGACGACCUGACUGCUCCAUUUCCAAUGUUGAAAAGACGCUCCCCUUGCCCCUGGUGUUUCUUAAUUAAAAACAAAAUUCAUGUGC